UUAAUAAGGAAGGAGGGGCCAGUUGCCAUGGUGGAAACACAACAAAGCUCUGGCCCCUGAGACACCUGCCAGCGCUGAGCGCCUCAGAUUUCAAACAAGAUAUUGUUUUUGUCAUGGAAUUGACCAAAAUGUCAGACAUGACAAAGCUCCACCAAGCUGUGGCUACAGGGGACUACAAUUUAGUGAGAAAGAUUUUGAAAAAAGGCCUCUGUGACCCAAACUACAAGGAUGUGGACUGGAAUGACCGAACCCCACUUCACUGGGCUGCAAUCAAAGGGCACAUGGAGGUGAUGCAGCUCCUUUUAGAAUACGGAGCCAGGCCCUGCCUGGUAACUGAUGUGGGCUGGACGCCAGCUCAUUUUGCUGCUGAGUCAGGCCAUGUGAAUGUGCUCAGAAUUCUCCAUGCAUUGCAUGCCGCCAUCGACGCCCCUGACUUCUUUGGAGACACGCCAAAGAGGAUCGCACAGAUCUAUGGGCAGACUGCCUGUGUGGCAUUCUUGGAGAAGGCUGAGCCUGAGUGCCAGGAGCACCGGCGCACUGCCAGGCAGAAGGGACUCCCUCUGGACCAGCAGGAUGAAGACUGGGAUGCCAAGAAAAGGGAGCUGGAGCUGUCUCUUCCUUCCUUGAAUCAAAACACUAAUAAGAAAAAGAAUAAGAAGAUGCAAGGCCCCACCAGGCUCAGCCAUACCAAGGAGAGAAGAGUGUGAGAAGGACAGCAUCAGUGCUCUGGCAUGUAUGUUUCCUGCGGGGGACUGUCCCUGGACCAGAGUAGGAGUUGUGAGGCCUGUGCUGUCAUUUCAUGAUUUGACUUAUAGACCAUUACCCAGAUGCCUUCUACAGGUACCUCAGGACCUGCCAUUUAGUCUGAAGCCUUGGUGAUUCAUGCUGUCCUCAAGAAUUGCCAGAAAGGGU